UGGAGCCUGACAAUUUCUGCUUGUCAGCAAUAAUAUUGCAGAAACAAUUAUAAUCAUGGUCAGCUAAUCGGACAAUAAAAUACACAUAAAUGUAAUACGUGACGGCGCUUGCAGUAUUCACUUCAGCCUGAAGGGGGGGGUACGUGCGUGAGCUGUCAAUGCCUUCCUUCUAUGAAGACGAAAAGCCACCUUUUUUUUUGUACAGCAGCACAAGCUGGAGGACAGCAAGUCAAAUGCAUGAAAUAUAUUUUUAUGCUCUGCUGAAUGAAUGAAUGAGACUGCCAAGAUGGAAGACUAUAUAGCCAAGCUCACCAGGAGGUGAACAGACUUUUACAACAAAGUAUCAGAGCUUUUCCUGGAGAAGGAUAAGGUGCAUGUACUUCAUAUAAAAAUAAAAUGCUAGACCACAAAUGUUUGAAUUAAUAAAAAAAAUAUAAAUAGUACUAAAAUAUAAUGAAAAAAUCGUUUUUAACCAAAGUAAGUUACUCUCUUCUUUUUGUUAUUCUCCUCCUUAAUGAGCAACCUGUAUUAUUUAAAAACUAAAAAAUCUCCAGAAAAGGAGUCAGUACCUCACCACAUGUCACUGGUAACAAUGCAUGAGUUUCACACCAACAGCUGAGUCCCAAAACCGACAUUUUAAAGAGCAUGCGGAGGUAGAUAAAGCUGCUGGAUGCUGACCACUCAUGGUACUUUAAUUGCAGCUGCUGCUACAGUAUCUUGUGGAGUCAAUAAAAACAACAUAACUACAUAACCACGGCUGUUAAUGAAUUUUUAAUUGAUGCAGCGCUAAUUACAGACCUCAGCAGUUAUUUGCUUUGCAGGCUACGCUCGUGGCAACUAUAAGAAACUCGACGGUUAAUUGAAGAGGCGCGAAUUGAAGCAUUUACAGUAAUUCGUCAGUGUGAUGACUGUGCCUGCCUUACCGUAAACAACGUCAACAAGGCACACAAGCUAGGAAACCCAACACCUAAUCCUUGCACGGCCCUGCACGUCCAAGUGAUGGCCUGCACCAGGUGGACGGACUCAGAAUAGUCCAGACGUGACCAAAACAGAUCCCGCUUUGUACAUUCAAGUGUCUGGUGACCAUAAAACCAACAGCGUCACGCUACUGGUUGCCGGGACCACUUCAGUGUGUUUUUUUUUUUUUUUUUUUACAUGGAUUUGACACUUAAUAAGUGAGUCAAAAACACCCAGGGCACCAUUUUUAAAGAAGGUGGCCAUACUUAACAGGGCUAAUACAGCUUUCUGGCAAGUUUGGAUUCAUCAAAUAUGGGUCAGCAAGGUACCAAAUCCCCAGCAGAAGCUCGGGUGAUUUUCCAGCGCUUAGGCACAGUGGAUUUGUCUCACAAGGUGGACUUGUGUGCUUCUCAAGGCCAGGUGGUGUGCAUCCAGAGGGCGGUCAGCCGAAAGUCGACACAGCAGCCUGCACUGGAGAGAUCAGCGGGCUGCACUCCACGGAGCCACAGCCGCCGGAACACCACAGAGGGGCUGGUGUAUGUCAUGGACAACCCAACCGGCGGUGUAUGGGUGAAGCCGAAAGAGAAAUGGACCAGAACUUGAUGCAUUUAGCAACAGCAACUGAAUCAAGCGAAGAUUAUCACAAAAUGUGAUCUUGUUGCGCAGGCGUCGAGAAGUGCACCAAGCGGUGCCCUUUUACGUGCAGUACAGAUCCACGAGGAUUGUCUGGUCCGCUCUUGAGAGUGGAUGAAUGACAUUUAUUGAUUUACUUAAGUGAGACAUUCAUGCGGCCAUUGUUCACUAAGGAGAACAUGAAGCCUGAGUGGGAAGUGAAGAGGAGGUCAAUGGUCAGAUUUGGAAAACAUUCACUUGUUUGUGUGACCAUGAAGCGGUUUUGGGAAAAGUCCAUAUUCUUUACUGUUUACAAUGAAGACAGCUACACUGUGUUCAGGUACACGCUGGAAUGUUUAUUUAGUUAUCUUUGUUGGCACAGGUUCAUUUCUUUACUUUAUUUUGUUGUAGGAUGUGAUGGACUACAGGGAUGGUAUUGGGAUUUGAUCAAUAAAGAAUAGCAAGUUGUUAGUCUGCCCUAAUUACAAACUGUAUUUAAGAAACUUGAAUAUGCUUUGAUUGAAGACUGUCAAAGUCAUUCAACAUUUCUGCUGGGAUUUUUAAAAUUCCAUUUUUUUAUUUUAAAGUUGAAGGAACCUGUUACCAAUUAAGUGUUCUUAAGUGUUCUUAAUUGCGGCAUUUAAGAGCAUGGACGCUGUACAGAAUUAUUUCCUGGUCAUGUGUCUGGCGUUGAGCGAGGACACGCCUCAGUAAAUGAACACUUCUGUUCUUCUCUACUUUCCCAAGUGGAUUUUUUUUAGUGGCAAGUAUCCUGUUUAUGCAUUUUUACAGAAUGAAUGACUGAUGAGUUCUCUACUUUUGUAUUCCUUGCAUACCACUGUCAUGACGUGGCUGAGAUGAUUUAUUAUUUACGACGGAAGUUGAAAUAUUUGGGGGGGGAGCGCAAACACUGAAGGUCAUACUAAUACGUUUUUUGACCUACAUCACAAAGCUGAUGUGCAGUUUUUUUUCUUUAAAUGUACAUAUCAAAGUGGCCCUUGCAUCCUUUCAUUUUUCACUAUGCGGCCAUCACUGGAAAAUGUUUGGAUACACCUGCCGUAAUAGUACAGGAAUUUGGUAAUGCAUUUACUGUAUGGUCCCAGUGUUGUGCAUCAACUGUUCACUUAUUGUAAAUACUGAUUGUAACCUCAGUGUUACUUUGUGCACUCAUCAGCUCAGUUAAUGGUUCAACUAUUAAAGACACUUCUUACAGGAUAUGACGUUGGAUCAAGAACACACCUUAACAUCGCAGGUAAAAGUUGACAAGACUCAAAGCAAACAACGCCUUCAUAGUAACAGUGAGAAGUAUACCUGCUGUAUUCAUCUGAAUGGGCCAGCGGGGAACCAAACAACCAGAGGUCCGGGUCCUCCUCCUGGGUCUGGACAACGCGGGCAAGUCGACCCUCUUGUACAAACUGAAACACGGGUCGUCUUUCAGCACGGUCCCCACCAUCGGCUUCAACGUGGAAAUGCUCGACGUGAAGAAAAGGCGGAAGAAUAUUGCACUGACCGUGUGGGACGUAGGCGGCCAAGCGCAAAUGCGACGCCACUGGAGGGGCUUCCACCAGGACACGGCGGCUGUCGUGUUCGUGGUGGACAGUGCGGACCGGCAGCGUGUGGAGGAGGCACGUCGAGAGCUGGAAAGCACGCUGAAGAGCGAGCACCUCCGCGGCCGUCCUGUUCUCGUCCUCGCCAACAAACAGGAUAUCGGCGGGGCCAUGACGGUCACCGAUAUUAAAGAUGCGUUCCACCUGAAGAAGAUUUGCGGAGACCGGGAAUGGUUCGUGCAGGCCUGCUCCGCCUAUAUGGGCAACGGGGUGGACGACGCCCUCAGACGGGUUAGUCAUAUGGUUAAACUCCCGUCAGAGUCUGCCGCCACCGUCAAAGAAAACUUUAAGGACACUGUGGAUUACAUUAAAGCAAAGUCUCUGAGACGUUAAAUGGGAAUACGCUUGGCCAUGUUGCAACAGAAAGUCAUGCGAAUUCUAGUCAAUUGAUUUUAAUCCACCAUAAGCUUGUAAUUAAUCACGUUAUUCGCACCAUGAAAACUGACACUAGUAUAGUGAAACUGACUUGAAUUAAUAUUAAUUCAUUGAUUCAUUAAUUGCUUUUAACUCUAGUCUUUAGUCAAUUAUACAACGAUUAAAAAAAAAACAAAACAAAAAAAAACUUUUGUACAGUUGACCAGUCAAAAAAAUGUCCUUUUCUUUAAACAUUCUGAAAAAUGUCCAUAGUGUUUCACAAAAAGUGAAAUAAUCAAAAAGGUUUAUAAAAAAUGAUUAAUCCUUGUAAUCUGCAUUCUAUUCAAAUAAGCAGGGGGCACAAAAACCUAUUCAAAAUUACCUUAUCACUAUGCCACCAAGAUACACUAGAUUGGAUUCAUAGUUGUGUACAGUCUUCACACUAUCUAUUAAUACACACACACACACACACACACACACACACACAUGGUCUUAUCUUCAGUUAGGAAAAUAUGACUUUCUCAAAGAGUUGAGGAAUCAAGUGUAUUGGAAGAUCCAGAGUAUACCCCGUGGAAUACAUUGUGGUUGUCUACAACAAUACAUUUCUAGUUCUCACUUGACCAUAUCCAAUAUUUUUCAGGACAUUCUUUUUCAAUUAAUGAAUACGCACCAAAUUUGCGAAAGUACAAUUUAAUUUCCUACGGGGGAAUUAUUUUUGAACUGCAAAAGGAAAUGUAAACAUUUUGUCAAUUGUGUUCAACUUCCUCAAGCCAGUAUCUCCAUUUCCAUCCCAUGUGCUUUGCCAGACUAAUUCACUGAAAGUAAAACAUGAGGUCAGGUAGACCGAACAGCGAGCUGCCAUUAAAUUGAGUCUCUGUGAUAAGACACCUCACAACACAUCGACUGUAAUGUGAUACUUGUUAUGCUGUAGCGCUCUAAGAUGCUGUGGGCACAUACUGUGCAGUUCCUUGUGAUUCAUCUCCAACAUUAGGAUCUUCCAGAAAUGGAGUAAUUGAUUUAAAUCCUUUGAAAUAUACUGUAUAUAUUUUGAUUCACAUUUUUGUUGACAUUUAUGGCAAUUAUGUUAUGCUUUCAUCAUUCUGAAGAAUCUUGGUUUAAUAUAUUUUUAUGUAAA